AUGCUCUUCAAUCCUGUCUUGUCCGCACUGUUGAUGCUCGGUACGGCUUCUGCACAGGUCAGUACCAAGUCGUUGGUGACUUGCAUCACAAAGCAAGGAAGUAAAUCUUCAGCGUCGGUGAAGACGGCGUCUAAAGUCCUUACCAUCCCUUGGUACGCCUUAAAGGUCACAACAUCCACUCCAUCCCGCACUACCACGCCCGCUACUUCUACGAUCAUCGUCUCCACAACGGUGACGUCGAGCACAACCACGACACUUCCGGUUGAGACCGACACAAUCACCACUACGUCUACAGAGAUCAGCACGGUCCCUGAAAUCACAACGGCCACGAUCACUUCUGACAGCACUGCCUACACGACAAUAACAAUUACUGACACCACUACGAUUGCUGCCUCUGCCGGCUUCGUUCCGAUUGAGUCCAACGUCCCUAACUCGCAAAAGCGCCAUGUCGCAGAUGAUUUGGCUCUAGAGGAGAGACAAGAUUCGCGCAAAGCCAAGCUCUACGUUAAAGAUGGCAAGCCCGCAUUUGAUCCACCGCGCUUUCCACAGUCAGUCAACUGUGCUGGCAUUGUCGCCGUCAUCACAACCAAAGUAGUCACAAAGACUGCAAGCACCACACGUGUAAUCACCGCGCCUACACCACUUGCUACUUCUACAACGACGUUUUCAACAUCCACUGUCAUCACAGAAACGCCACCGCACGCAUCAACAACCGUUACCGUCAUCACCACUGUCUUGACAACUAGCACUUCAACAUAUACAGAGACUGCCACAAACGUUGUGAGCGCGACCGUCAGCAUUGACAUGCCACAAGCGACAUACUACGCUGCAUGCGCUGAAAACAACUUGAUCUCGACUGUCAACGGUGUACCCAUCGAUGGAGCGUAUGAAGGAAACGGACAGUUCUCAUAUGUAGGAGAUACAGCCACCGCUUACGACUGCUGUGUCGUUGGAAUCAACACUCCCAACGCUGCUGGAACCUUCUGGUUCACCCAACCUGGGUCUUCUAACUGCUACGUGAUGAUCCAGAAUAGUGGUCAGUGUACUCCAGAUACGAUAGCAGGUACCCUCUCGUUGAGCAGCUGGAGAUCAUGGGUCGUCAGCAACGGCUACUGUGGGUAUUGGGGAUUUCCGACUCAGUAAGGGAGGAAGAUGUUUACG